CCCAGGUCUCUGGGCCCUGCGACCGGCUGUCCUGUGUCACCGCCGCAGGCAGAGCACCGAGCUCCAGGAGGAGGACCCUGAGGACUCCGAUGAAGAACGGGCUCCGAGGCAGCACGUGAAACCUUCUUGGGUGGCCUUCAGAAGGAACAGAGUAAACACCACAAGGCAACAUCCAGGAUGCCAUUAAGCAAUGAAUAUAGUUUGAAGGAAUUGUCAGAAACAGCAAAUUUGAUGACUUCAGGUGACUCGGAGCAUGCCCAGAAACCAGUGUCCUCUCCUGGAAAAGCAUGUGCCUUUGGAAAGCACACUAGUCAAAAAUCGGAACUCAGGAGAAAGGAGAUGGACGUGAAGAUGUACAGCCUACUAGAAAGAAAGGACUGUGUGUACCAAGAGGUCACCGAACCUCAAGAUGAUGACUACCUUUAUUGUGAGAAGUGUCAGAACUUCUUCAUCAACAACUGUGCUGUGCAUGGACCCCCUACAUUUGUACAGGACAGUGCAGUGGACAAGGGGCAUCCCCAUCGCUCAGCCCUUACCUUGCCCCCUGGUUUGAGAAUCGGGCCAUCAGGCAUCCCUGAGGCUGGGCUUGGAGUGUGGAAUGAGGCAGCUGACUUGCCAGUGGGUCUGCACUUUGGCCCUUAUGAAGGACACAUCACAGAAGAUGGAGAGGCAGCCAACAGCAGAUACUCCUGGCUGAUCACCAACGGGAGAAACUGCUAUGAGUAUGUGGAUGGAAAGGACAGAUCCUGGGCCAACUGGAUGAGGUUUGUGAACUGUGCCCGGGAUGAUGAAGAGCAGAACCUGGUGGCCUUUCAAUACCAUGGGGAGAUUUUCUACCGAACCUGCCGGGUCAUCAGGCCGGGCUGUGAGCUGCUGGUCUGGUUUGGGGAUGAGUAUGGCCAGGAGCUGGGCAGCAAGUGGGGCAGCAAAUGGAAGAGACAGCUCCCAUCUGGGAGAGCAGAACCCAAGACAGAGAUCCACCCAUGUCCCUCCUGCUCUCUGGCCUUCUCCAGUCAGAAAUUCCUCAGCCAACACGUGAAAUUCAAUCAUCUCUCUCAGAAUCUCCUGGGAACAUCUGCAAGAAAACACCUCCAAGCAGAGGAGCCCUGUCCAGAGGAUCAUAAUCAGCAGCAGCCACAUAGUAGUACAUAUAGCUGGAAUGAUAAAGCUGAAGGUCAAGAGGUCAAAGAAAGGUCCAAACCUUUGCUUAAAAGGAUCAGUCUGAGCAGACUCUCAAGACCCUUUUUCCAAACUUCCAAAGAACGAAUGAAGAGCUCCAGUGAGCAUCAGAGAAUGAUGGAGGAAGAGCCCUGCAGGGGCCAGAAAGAGAGUCCAGAGGACACAGGCAAGUUAUUUGUGAAAGCUGGAAUGUCAAAAAUUGUAACAAUCCAGCACGGAGGGUGUUGUCAAGGCUUCAGUGAUGGGUCGCAUCUCAUCACACACCAGAGGACACACUCAGGGGAGAACCUCUAUGUUUGCAGGGAGUGUGGGCGAGGCUUUACACGGAAGUCAACUCUCAUCACACACCAGAGGACACACUCAGGAGAGAAGCCCUAUGUUUGCAGGGAGUGCGGGAGAGGCUUUACACGGAACUCACAUCUCAUCAGACACCAGAGGACACACUCUGGGGAGAAGCCCUAUGUUUGCAGGGAGUGUGGGCGAGGCUUUACACAGAAGUCACAUCUCAUCACACACCACAGGACACACUCUGGGGAGAAGCCCUAUGUUUGCAGGGAGUGCAGGAGAGGCUUUACACAGCUGUCACUUCUCAUCAUACACCAGAGGACACACUCUGGGGAGAAGCCCUUUGUUUGCAGGGAGUGUGGGCGAGGUUUUACCUGUAAGUCAGUUCUCCUCACACACCAGAGGACACACUCAGGGGAGAAACCCUAUGUUUGCAGGGAGUGCGGGCGAGGCUUUAUCUGUAAGUCAGUUCUCACCACACACCAGAGGACACACUCAGGGGAGAAGCCCUAUGUUUGCAGGGAGUGCGGGCGAGGCUUUACCUGGAAGUCAGUUCUCCUCACACACCAUAGGACACACUCAGGGGAGAAGCCCUAUGUUUGCAGGGAGUGCAGGCGAGGCUUUACCUGGAAGUCAGUUCUCCUCACACACCAGAGGACACACUCAGGGGAGAAGCCCUAUGUUUGUAGGGAGUGCGGGCGAGGUUUUACCUUUAAGACAGUUCUCAUCACACACCAGAGGACACACUCAGGGGAGAAGCCCUAUGUUUGCAGGGAGUGCAGGAGAGGCUUUACAUACAAGUCAGAUCUCAACAGACACCAGAGGACACACACUGGGGAGAAGCCCUUUGUUUGCAGGGAGUGCGGGCGAGGCUUUCCAUGGAAGACGUAUCUCAUCAAACACCAGAGGACACACUCAGGGGAGAAGCCCUAUGUUUGCAGGGAGUGCAGGCGAGGCUUUACACGGAAGUCAGAUCUCAUCACACACCAGAGGACACACUCAGGGGAGAAACCCUAUGUUUGCAGGGAGUGUGGGCGAGGCUUUACACGGAAGUCAGAUCUCAUCACACACCAGAGGACACACUCUGGAAAGAAGCCCUAUGUUUGCAGGGAGUGCGGGCGAGGCUUUACGAGCAAGUCAUGUCUCAUCACACACCAGAGGAAACACUCUGGGGAGAAGCCCUAUGUUUGCAGGGAGUGCGGGCGAGGCUUUACAAGCAAGUCAUGUCUCAUCACACACCAGAGGACACACUCAGGGGAGAAGCCCUAUGUUUGCAGGGAGUGUGGGCGAAGCUUUACACAGAAGUCACAUCUCAUCAGACAUCAGAGGACACACUCUGGGGAGAAGCCCUAUGUUUGCAGGGAGUGCCAGCGUGGCUUUACAGACAAGACAGGUCUCAUCAGACACCAGAGGACUCACUCUGGAGAGAAGCCCUAUGUUUGCAAGGAGUGUGGGCGAGGUUUUACACAGAAGUCAAUUCUCAUCACACACCAGAGAACACACUCAGGGGAGAAGCCCUUUGUUUGCAGGGAGUGCGGGCGAGGCUUUACACAGAAGUCACAUCUCAUCAUACACCAUAGGACACACUCAGGGGAGAAGCCCUAAAUUUGCAGGGAGUGUGGGAGAAGCUUUACACAGCGGUCACAUCUCAACAGACACCAUAGGACGCACUGAGGGGAGAAGCCCUAUGAUUGCAGGGCGUGUGGGUGAGGCUUUACAGAGAAGCCAUAUCUCAUCAGGCACCAGAGUACACACUCAGGAGAAGGUAUGUUUGCAGGUGAAAUGAAUGAAUCAUUACCCUUAAAUCACAUAUCAAUAGCCCUAAGAAGUCUAUGGAACCUUACUCUCCCCAAAAGUGUAGUUAUUGCAGAAGUAACUGGUUAAACAAACCCUGUAGUUUCAUGACAAGAGAAGAGAUGGACAAACAGUUCCAUGAGUAAUGUGGG